AGAGACGCGAAACAUGGCGGAGAGCGACUGGGAUACCGUGACCGUGCUCAGGAAGAAGGGCCCCACCGCUGCGCAGGCCAAGUCCAAGCAGGCCAUAACAGCCGCUCAGAGACGAGGGGAAGAGGUAGAGACGUCAAAAAAAUGGUCGGCCGGACAGAACAAGCAGCACACAAUCACCAAAAAUACAGCCAAGCUGGACAGAGAAACGGAGGAGCUUCACCACGAUAGGGUGCCCCUGGAAGUGGGCAAAGUCAUCCAGCAGGGGCGGCAGGGCAAGGGCAUGAACCAGAAGGACCUGGCAACGAAAAUCAAUGAGAAGCCGCAAGUGAUCGCCGAUUACGAGAGCGGAAAGGCCAUUCCCAACAACCAGGUGCUGGGCAAGAUCGAGCGGGCUAUAGGGCUGAAGCUGCGCGGGAGAGACAUUGGAAAACCCCUCGAUCCCAUCGUGAAAAAGAAUUGAAGACAAAGCCUCGAAGUCGGCGCUCCCCGCUGAUCUCGCCCGGCCGGGUCCCUUUGGUCUAAACCGGCCGCUAAAUUGUCGCAUUGCCAAGCCGCUACCAACACACGGGGGGGGGGGGGGGGGUAAGGACUGGGGGGUCGGAGGCAAAACCUGCUGUAAAGAAAUAAUGUGGCCCCUUUGUCCCCUAAAGAGUAAAACUCUAACGGCACAUUCUCCGCCCGCCGGGGAGCCGGACGCGCAGCUAAUUUAUGGGCAGUAUUUUAUGUUUCAGUGGAAUUAUUUGUUUGCCCCACUUGCCCUUGAGUGAGAGUUGGGGGUGGGAGGGAGGGGUAUUUUUAUUUUUGCUGAGGGAAGGAACGAUACUGAAUAUGGGGUUGGGGGAUAAUCACACUCUAGCGCUUUCAUCUCUCACAUCUUUUCUCUGAAGCAAUUGUAAAAUAAAAGUUUGUUAUCCUUC